AUGGCCAGUGUGUCCAUAUCCAGGAGCAACGAAGCUCCAACUGGCUCUGGUGCUGCCAGGUCCCACCCUGUGGCCAAUGACGGGAGGCUGUCCCUGGAGGAGUUCCAGGCCUUUUUUUCUGACGGGACACUCAAUGAAGAAGAACUUGAGAAGCUCUUUCAUACUAUUGACUCGGAUAACACCAACAAUGUGGACACCAAAGAGCUGUGCGACUAUUUUGCUGAUCAUAUGGGAGACUACGAAGACGUCUUGGCCUCACUGGAGACGCUGAACCUGUCCAUCCUGAAGGCGAUGGACUACACCAAACGGGUGUACGAGAGCGGCAGCAACGUGGACCAGUUUGUGACCCGCUUCCUGCUGAAGGAGACGGCGAACCAGACCCAGUCGCUGCUGAGCUCUGUGGAGAGUGCUGUGGACGCCAUCGACGAGCAAACCAACCCCGCCAGACACUACCCCAGCAAGGCUGGCCACGUUCUGAUGGACAGCUGGUACGACAGCCCUGUGCCCAGCUACUCUCCCACCAGCCGGAUGGUCCCCAGGGAGCACGGGAAGAGCUUCCAGACUGGUUCCUCUGACACCAAGGCGGAGGGGCUGGAGGGGCAGAUCAACAGGCUGGCCGAGCUGAUCGGCAGGCUGGAGGACAAGACUCUCUGGUUUGACCUGCACCAGCGGCUGUCGGACAGCGAGAGCACGGCUUGCACGGUGAGAGUACCCGGGCACCACCCAUGGGGUGCUGGGGUGUCCCUGCAUGUCACUGCGGUGAAGCUGCCCGAUGGGGUCACCUUCAUCGUCUAUGAGUUCUGGGAGACCGAGGAGGACUGGAAGAGGUAG